UAAUGACAAAUUUAAAGAAGAAAUCAAUAAACUCUUCAAAGCUAAAACAAAGAAAUUUCUGCUUGGUGAUGAAGACUAUUCAAAUGAGUUCUUUGAUGUGUACACUGUGAGUUCUGAAGAAUUCAAGAGAAUUGCACAGGGGAAGUCAACUGUUCUGGAUCACAAUGAAACUGAAUUGCCAGCGCUGAUGGAGCACAUUAAGAAACUGUACGUCUCCCAUUUCAAGAAGGAAGUGAAAGAUUAUGUAUCUGAGGUUUCUGGAAUCAUUUCAUAUCUUCACUUUUCAAAGGAUGCUCUCAGUUCAAAGAAACAGUCUUCAAAUGACGACGAGUUCAACCGACUUGAAAAGGAUCUGGGUAAAACAUGCGAAACAUUGAAUGAAAAUCUGAGCCAAGUUCACCAAAAACUCAAGAAAGAACUGGAGAUGGGAGCAAAGACAGCAGAGACAACAUGCCUGAAAAAUGCCACAGACAGAGUGCUGGAAUCAAGGGGGUCUGAUAACAGAGGCCACCACAAGACACUCAAAGCCUUGUGUAAAAAUGAUGGAUAUUACCGAUCUCGCAAAGGAGUGUUAGUUGAUCUGAACUACAUUCUGUCAGAACCCAUGUAUAAAAAGAUGAACAACCACUUCCAGAAAAUAUUUGGCACUGGACCUUCAGGAACCUCUGUCAGACAGACCAGAACGACCUCAAUCCAAGGGCAAUUUGAAAGUUUCCAAGAGAACUCCAUCACAAAUGACUAUCUGAUAAUCAGGACAAAGGAUGAAGAGAAAUACCUGCGUCUGGUGUACAUUAGAACAGAGCAAAGAAAAGUGCUCAAUAAACUGGAGAAGGAAAUCCUACAGAGAAAGAAGCUGAUCUACAAUUCCCUCAGUGAUUCAAUCCGUGACACCAUGAAGCAAACAUAUCAAGAAUGCUCUGGCAUCACAGGAAAAGACUCUUUCAGAAAGAUUCAAGAGAAACUUAAAAGUGCAAUUGAGGAUUUCAAAAAGACCAUGUUCCAAAAUGCCAUGACGAAGAUGCUGGAAGAGUUCAGUGAUCUGCAGAAAUACCUUGUGGAUGAAAUUAAGACACAGAUGACAAACGCCUUGACGCUGGGUUUAAACCAGAUCCCUGAGGACCUGACUGGCCUCCCAGGUAACCAGUGGAAGCCACUCUAGGACUGUGAGAGGAUGUGACAGGGCACUCUGUACUGAUCCAAAUCUUCAAACUGAGUGUUUCCGACCAGGGCCCUGUUUUCCUGAAAUGAUCUACACACUGAGAUCAUCAAAGGUUUUCCUCAUGAGAAUGUUCCUUUAUAUUCAGGGCGUUUCCCAAAACCACUUGAACAGUGGCUGUUGUUAGCUGAAUUUAAAUCCAAAGCUGGGAA